AGGACUCUCUUUUGUGAUAGAAGGGGCCCAAAAAACUAUUUGCGCUACCAUUCAAAGAAGUACAGGACACAUCACAGCAAUGGCCAUGUUCAAAGACACCAUCUUUGGGACCGUGUACUUCAGACAAGCCGAUGACCCCGGUGCACCAACAGUUAUCGUUAGUGAUCUGUAUACUUCUGGAAACGUCAGACAAGCGAAGUGGGCAAUCUCUGAGGAUAUGGCUCCUUGUGGUGGAACCUACUCCAGCCAGUACACAUUCAACCCUGAGAAUGCUGAUGGCACAGGCUGCAGUACGAGUAUGCAUUCUGGGUGCCCUGUUGGAGACCUGGGCUCUAAGUUAGGGAGCGCUCAGCUAGGAGCUACCAGUCAUGAACAACGAGUCUCAUUCAAAGAUACAAAUUUGCCUUUGAGUGGUGGUAAUAGCGUCAGAGACAAGGUGCUAGUUAUUUACUCUGAAAACGAUAACUCUGUGUUAGCUUGUUCAAUGAUAAAACCCUUCACGGGUAGAGUGGCGAGUGUAAGGUUCAGUGAGCAGGGGGUUGCUGGCUCUAUCACUUUCAGUCAAAAUUCUCCCUUAGAUGCUACCCAAACAAUUGUAAGCCUCAAUGGUUUAGCGAUGAACGCUAAAGGCUACCAUGUUCACAAGUGGCCAAGACCAAUUCAAGUACAACCUGGACAGUCUAUGUGCUCGGGUGAUGUUGUGAGCGGCCAUCUUAACCCCUACGGAAUUGAUACGAAGAACAAUUACCCUCCCCCCACAACGAGCACUGACGACAUGUACGAAGUUGGAGAUCUCAGCUCCAAAUAUGGAACGUUCGCCGGGCAGUCUUCGGUAUCUGGAACCUACAUCGACUGGAACCUCCCUCUGUUCGGAAGGAACGGCAUCGUCGGCCGCUCUGUCGUUAUUCACCGAGAUGACCCAGCAGGAAGCAG